GUAUGUCCUGGUAAACAGCGCCUUACACACAACUUUGUGAGUACAACUUUUUGGAGUCGACAGCGGUGAAGGGAGUGAGGGGGCGGAACCCCGCUGAGCCUGCGCACUGAAAGACAGCCAAUCGCUUCGCUCCUUUAACUGCCAGUCACCGAAAUCUGUCCAAUACCCGCAGUGCCAUUUCUAAACUGUAUUCCCCACUGUGUCCUCCAACUGUUGUAGGUUCUGCCAAUCGCUUGAGGACAGAGUGGGAAAAGGAGCAAGCAGAGUUAGAGGCAGGACAAAAGAAGUUAUAUAGAUGGCUAUAUGCAUAUAUUUUAAUGUUUUAGAAGGCGUGUAGUGGAAAAAAAAAAAACAAAAGUAGCGAAUGUGGACAUGACGGUGUAGAUAUGGAGCCCUCUUUGAGCAAGAGGAAUUCGGCGAUAAGAUUAGCGGAUUUGGCAGCGACUCAACCCCUUCCUCAUCAGAAUAUGACAGGCUUCCCGGGGAUAGGGGGGCAUCACCCUCACUCCCACCAUGCCCACCUCCACCCUGGGGAGAUGGGCAACGACCCUGGAGUGGCUCUCACUCCAUUUGGACCAGAGCACAUGGCACAGACAAAUGCUCUCAAACUUAGUCCAUCGCAGCACAUUCAAAGCCAUCCCGAAGCCCAGACCGCGGCAUCCUUCCCGUCUUCUCAGACCACAGUUGGUUUCCCCGUGGCUCACCCCCACUCAGGCUACGCAAGCAGCAGGGACUUCAUCCUCAGGAGAGAGCUCUCAGCCUCUGCUAUGCAUGCACUUGGCGACCAGCAUAGUUCCGCCUCCUCCCCUCAUCACCAUGGCAUGUUCAUUUCCCCAACAGGUGCUUACGGGCACACGGAAGGUGGUGCCCAUCCACUUUUCACGGGACUUCACGAGCAAGCAGCCCCAGGUGCCCAUCACCAUGCUCUCAACGGACAGAUGCGCCUGGGUCUUCCAGGGGACAUCUACGGCCGGCCAGAACACUUCGGCCACAGGCCCGAGCACUAUGGACCUUCCCUUCACGGCUACAAUUCCAUGAACUUAAAUGUGAACCUCGCUUCAGCCCCUCAUGGAGCCACGGGGGCGUUUUUGAGGUACAUGAGGCAGCCCAUCAAACAAGAGCUGAUCUGCAAAUGGAUUGACCAGGAACAAACGUCUAAGAAGCCGUGCUCGAAAACUUUCAGCACCAUGCACGAGCUGGUAAACCACGUCACGGUGGAGCACGUCGGCGGACCCGAGCAGAGCAACCACGUAUGCUUCUGGGAGGAAUGUCCGCGCGAGGGCAAGGCGUUUAAGGCAAAGUACAAACUGAUCAACCACAUUCGAGUUCACACCGGAGAGAAACCGUUUCCUUGCCCUUUUCCUGGUUGUGGAAAAGUCUUUGCCCGCUCGGAAAACCUAAAGAUUCACAAGAGGACUCACACAGGUGAGAAGCCUUUCAAAUGUGAGUUUGACGGCUGCGACCGAAAAUUCGCGAAUAGCAGUGACAGGAAAAAGCAUUCCCACGUCCACACCAGCGACAAGCCGUACUACUGCAAAGUGCGCGGCUGUGACAAGUCCUACACGCACCCGAGCUCACUGCGGAAACACAUGAAGGUGCACUGCAAGUCUCCUCCGCCCCCUUCCUCCAGCUCAACCGCCGCGUAUCAUUCCUCCUCUGCGGCGCUCGGUGACGCGCUCGCGCCCUCCACAGAACCACAACGGAGCCGCGCCGCCAACCUCUCCCCACAGGUCACCAACCUCAAUGAGUGGUACGUAUGCCAGGGCAGUGCUGUCCCCAACAAUCUCCACACCCCCUCCAGCGAUGUGCCAACCUCCGAAUCCGACGAAGAGGACUCUUUUAGACAUUCAGACCCAAGGACGAUGCUCUGAUAUGAAGCACAAGGGAUAUGUUUAUGUUGCAUUCCUCUCACAUACUGUUUUUAUACAUCUGUAACAUCAUGUGCUUGAGGCGCAAAAGUCUACUAAGAAGUGUUGGUGAAAAAAACACGCAACAGCGCCGCGGAUGUCAGAUGGUGAAGAGCAUGUGCCAUCAGUCCAUACCCUACCCAUAUUACCCUUAUUACCCAACACUACCCUGCCGUAUGCCCUUAAUCUGCGCAUAGCACGUUUAUGUACCACAUGACCCUAUUGCAUACUGCUCAACGCAUUAAUAACUUCGAAUAAAUGUGUUUGACAGUGUUUUUUUUUAACUAAAUUAUUUUAUUUAAUAACAUAAAUGGUGUGCAUCUCAUCAACAAAAAAACGGGAUCAUUUCACAACCUUUGUUUAAAUUUUGGACCAAGAUAUUUCCUGCAUUGCCGAAAGGACUGUGUGGGCUUAGCUGAUUAAGUCAUAUCCAGCCUAUUAAGUGACACCGACAUUGUUCAAAUCAAACAAUAACCGGUGAUUGAUGUGUUUGUAUCAAUGACUGAACAGUUUUCUAUAGCUUAUGCUUCUCCCCAGAGGUCUUUUAUAGUGACGGACUGAUGAAUAUCUGUGGGGCGUUUGUCCUUUACCAAGUGUUUCUUUAAUGUAAACAUUCCCGAUGUUCUUGCAGUGAGAAACAUGUGCAAACAGGCAAGUUGAUCACUUCUAAUACGUUAGUGCCAUCUUAAAAAAAAAGGGUACUAAUCUGUUACUUUAUUUGUCGCUGUUACUUUAUUUGUACACGUUAACUUUUGUACAUUUAAUAUGAAUCUCUCACCCAGAAAUAUGGAUUUAGUGAACACAAAGUAUUUUAUGUAGCAAAAAGAUUUAAGGUACAUAAUUGAACCCUAAGUACCUUUCAGAGUAAAGGCACAUAGGCUAUAUGCACCUUUCUGGGUUAAAUAUACAUAUACAUAAAGGUGUACACUUGUGGGCAUCAUCCAAGUGACCAGUACCUUUUUUUUUACUGAGGGAAAGUGGCUUAUUCUAUAAAUUGUUCAGUAUUUGUUUUAAAAUUUAUACAAUAACUGUGGACGGGAGAUUUUUUUCUGUGGUAUUUAAGGACUAUUUAGACUGUAUUUUAUGCAAAAAAUCCAAUGUAACUCUGAUUUAAGAGUACGAAUAUGUCCUCUGAGACCCUAAAUUAUGUCAAAUGGACGGGCUUGUUCCCUGACGGAUGUGUAAAAAGGCCAGUAGUGUCGAUGCUUGUGAAUGUUGUGAUAACGUCCCAACCAGUUUUGUACAUUGUAAUUUAUUUGCUGGUAAUAAUGUUUGGUCUGGAAUUACAGAUACACCAAAGAAAAAUAUGAUUAAUUUUGGUGAAAUGUAGUGAUUUUUAUCGUGUUGUGUAAAAAAAAAAAGAUUUUACUUGAAUAGACUUAGUUAUGUGUAAUGUGAAGAGUCCCUCGCAUGCCCUGUGUAGUAACUGUGUGUUUUUAUUGCGGUGCAUGGUGCUGUUAAUUGUGCUGGGGGAAAGAGUGAAGAGGAUUUUCGAGAUUUUUGGUGUUCGUGAUGAAAUUGAUAUGAAUAAAUUUAUGGAUUUAAAAACAUGGCAACUAUGAUCUAUGAUAUUUUCAAGUGG